CCGAGCCGCCUCCCUCCCUCCCUCCCUUCCUCACUCUUCGGAGAUUCCAAAGUCUCCCACCUCCCACCUACCCUCUUGUAUACUCUGUUCUGUCUUCGCUGGCGACCCUCCGAACCUACCAUUCCAAGCUCUCCUCCUUCCUCCUCCUCCGCCUCUCCCGAUCUCCUCCCAUGGCUGCCUCCAUCGCCUUCAACCCCCCCGUCAUCCCGGGGAGAUCCGCCGCCCCAAGGAGGAUCGCACCAUUCCAGACCAUCUCCGCCGCCCCUGGCCUCGCUGCCCGGUCCAUUCGCCUCAAUUCCAGUCUCGUUUCGGACGCCCCUGCCUUCUCCGGUGUAAGAACUCAGGUUGCAGCCGUUGAACCAGUAAGCAUUGAAGAGGCUCAAAAAGUGGAAACUCCUGUUGCUGUCGUUACUGGAGCUUCUAGAGGAAUUGGAAAAGCAAUAGCAUUGGCCUUCGGCAAAGCUGGUUGCAAGGUCCUUGUAAAUUAUGCCAGGUCAGCAAAGGAAGCUGAAGAAGUCUCCAAAGAAAUUGAGGCAUCUGGUGGUCAAGCCAUUACAUUUGGGGGAGAUGUUUCAAAAGAGGCUGAUGCCGAAUCUAUGAUCAAAACAGCAGUGGAUGCAUGGGGAACAGUUGACAUAUUGGUAAACAAUGCAGGAAUUACACGAGACACAUUAUUGAUGAGGAUGAAGAAACCACAGUGGCAAGAAGUAAUUGACCUGAAUUUAACUGGUGUCUUUCUUUGUACACAGGCUGCAGCCAAACUAAUGAUGAAGAAGAAAAAGGGAAAGAUCAUCAAUAUGACAUCUGUUAUUGGUCUUACUGGCAACAUAGGUCAAGCUAAUUAUAGCGCUGCAAAGGCAGGGGUGAUUGGUUUUACCAAAACUGUCGCAAGGGAAUAUGCAAGCAGAAAUAUCAAUGUGAAUGCUGUUGCCCCUGGGUUCAUUGCAUCUGAUAUGACUGCCAAACUUGGAGCAGACAUUGAGACGAAAUUCUUGCAGACCAUCCCACUAGGGAGGUUUGGGCAACCAGAAGAAGUAGCUGGGUUGGUGGAGUUCUUGGCCCUCAAUCCUGCUGCCAAUUACAUAACUGGGCAGGUUUUUACCAUUGAUGGUGGAUUGGUAAUGUAAGCUCGGGUGGCUGUUUCAACAUAGUUUUCCUGCGUGCUAAGCCACCACUUGGUAGUUCGGAGCUUUCGGCCUCUGCUUUGGUGAUUUUGGACGUGUUGGUGAGGUGCUCUGGCCUCUCUCUGACCAGACUCUUUUUUCCUCGUGUGUUCUGAACCUCCAUACGGUAGUUUCAGAGCUUCCCACUCGUUAGGUGAGUUAAAAGUGAGAAGAACAAGAAAAUGCAACCGAUCUAUGUUACGCGGGACAAAUUUAUAUUCAUUUUUUUGUGUUUCUUUACCAGAUUAGACUAACUUAAUGAUUAAAAAGGAAUUCAUUCUAUCA